AUGCCACCUGAUCAGAGGGGUCUAAUACGUAAUGAUUUGCAUAUGCCUAUUUCAAGUGCCGGAUACACACUCUCUCGUGACCUUGUUAUAGACAUUGUUGGAACUGACUGGGCUAGUUCAUAUGUAGUAGGCGAUGAGGACUGGCUAGUGGGUGAGUGGAUUAAGGAUAUCAAUAAGUUAAAAGCCAUUAAAAAUGUGUACUCUGAAUAUGAAGAGGGAUUGCCAAUGGUCAGAGUCAUUCGGAAUUCAACGGCUGAAGGCCUGGCUACAAAAAGAGAACUUGCUUCAGGAUGCUGGACUGCACUUGAACAAGAACAAUUAUUGAAUCAAUCUACGCAGA